CUUGCCGGUGUUUCUGUAAACAUCCACAGAUAAAACCAAAAUGAUGAUCGGAGAACACCAUCGAUCAAAUCCAACGGUUCAUAUUCCUCCAUGGCCAAAUCACGAUGAUCCAACGUCUGAAAUUUACUCCUCUUAUUUCCCUGACGAUGGCAAUGCCGGCGCCGGAGAUUACUCUCCGUACUAUCUCCGUGAAGCAAUGGCUGCGCUACAGCGUUAUCUUCCGUCAAACGAGUUCGACGCCGGAGACUGUGAUUCUGAUUCGGAAUCUCCGGCGGAUUCUCCGGUGGAUGCUUUUACAGGCGAUCAUUUUCGUAUGUACGAGUUCAAGAUAAGAAGAUGCUCACGUGGAAGAUCACAUGACUGGACGGAGUGUCCGUACGCACAUCCCGGAGAGAAAGCACGCCGCCGUGAUCCGAGAAAGUUUCAUUACUCCGGUACGGCGUGUCCUGAUUUUCGUAAAGGAAACUGUAAAAAAGGUGACGCGUGUGAAUACGCGCACGGUGUUUUCGAGUGUUGGCUUCAUCCAGCUCGUUACCGUACUCAGCCAUGCAAAGACGGUACUAGCUGUCGCCGCCGUGUUUGUUUCUUCGCUCACACGCCGGAACAGAUCCGUCUCAAUGUUAACAGUCCAACUCCACGUAGUCUUAACUCGCCGGAUUCAUACGACGGUUCUCCGUUACGACAAAUGGCUUUACCGUUACCUUUCAUGUCUUCUCCCGUUUCGACAACUCCACCGGAGUCACCGUCGCCACCGAUGUCUCCGAUGGCUCAGUCGCUGAGUAAAUCUCUCGGCUCGAGUUCAAUCAACGAGAUGGUAGCUUCUGUACGUAAUCUGCAGCUUGGAAAAUUGAAAUCUAUACCUUCUAUGCCGGUUAAUAGAAACAUUGCACUCGGGCCGGGUUUCGGGUCACCCAGAGGUUCUGUGCUUCGACCCGGUUUUUGUAGUCUUCCAACUACGCCAACUCAAGUUACUGGACCGGGUUCGGGUCGGGUUGGAUAUUUUGAUCUUUGGGAUCAGAGUUGUGAGGAGGAACCUAUUAUGGAGAGAGUUGAAUCUGGGAGAGAUAUAAGGGCUAAGAUGUUUGAGAAAUUAAGCAAAGAAAAUUCAUUGAAAAAUUCGGAUUCGGGUCAACCUGAUGGUGCUCCAGAUGUUGGGUGGAUAUCUGAUUUGGUUAAUUGAAAUGAAAUGAAGGUGGUGAUUAUUUUUGGGAGGUAAUUGGUUUGUUUAAUUGUUGGAUUAAACUUAAACGGUGUCGUUUUGAGGGUUGUUUAUGUAGUUUUGUUGUUGAUUAUUACUAUGUUAAUGUUUUGAAUUUACUGUCCCUGCAGUGUGAAUAGAAUGGAAGGAAAGUAGGGGAGUGAAUCUGUGUAAAUAUUUUUAUUUAUAUAAGGUACUAUGAGUAAUGAGUGAUGAGUAAGGGUUAGUGUCUGAUUAUCUGAUUAAUUACCUUCUAUGAGAUUAAAUUAAGCCAUCCAGAACUCUUUUUGUAUAACUAUCUAAUCAUUGUUAUUAUUAUGAAAUUAUGAAUUAUGGAUUA